AUGGAAUUUAGCAUCAAAAAUCCUCUUUCUGUUCAGAAAGUUGUAGAGUGCAUAAAGAUGAAGCAGGCACCAGAAAUCCUUGGCAAUACAAACGGAAAGACUCAGAACUGUGAAGUGAAUCGUGAAUGUUCUGUAUUCCUCAGCAAAGCCCACCUCUCUACCAGUCUGCCGGAGGGGGUCAUGCAAAAAUUUAAUGGCCACGAUGCCCUUCCCUUUAUUCCAUCUGAGAAGCUGAAAGAUCUGACUUCCCGUGUAUUUAAUGGAGAACCUGGUGCUCAUGAUGCCAAAUUACGUUUUGAGUCACAGGAAGGGAAAGGACUUGGGACACCGCCUAACACCACCCCUAUCAAAAAUGGCUCUCCGGAGAUUAAGCUGAAGAUCACCAAAACAUACAUGAAUGGGAAACCUCUCUUUGAAUCUUCAAUUUGUGGUGACGGUGCUGCUGCUGUAUCCCAGUCAGAGGAAAACGGACAAAAAGCAGAAAAUAAAGCAAGAAGGAGCAGGAAGAGAAGCAUAAAAUACGACUCCUUCCUGGAGCAGGGUCUUGUCGAAGCAGCACUGGUGUCCAAGAUCUCAAGUCCCUCAGAUAAAAAGAUUGCAGCUAAGAAAGAGUCCUGUCCAAAUACUGGCAGAGAUAAAGACCACCUGUUGAAAUAUAAUGUCGGUGAUUUGGUGUGGUCCAAAGUGUCCGGUUACCCUUGGUGGCCAUGCAUGGUUUCUGCUGAUCCACUCCUUCACAACUAUACCAAACUUAAAGGUCAGAAAAAGAGUGCACGCCAGUAUCACGUACAGUUCUUUGGUGAUGCCCCAGAAAGAGCUUGGAUAUUUGAGAAGAGCCUUGUAGCUUUUGAAGGAGAAGGACAGUUUGAAAAAUUAUGCCAGGAAAGUGCCAAGCAGGCACCCACGAAAGCUGAGAAAAUUAAGCUGUUGAAACCUAUUUCAGGGAAAUUGAGGGCCCAGUGGGAAAUGGGCAUUGUUCAAGCAGAAGAAGCUGCAAGCAUGUCCAUAGAGGAACGGAAAGCUAAGUUCACUUUUCUCUAUGUGGGGGACCAGCUUCACCUCAACCCUCAUGUAGCUAAGGAGGCAAGCAUUGCUGUGGAGUCUCCGGCACAAGUGGUAGAAUCCUCAGGAGUCAUUGAAGAAGCUGCUGAUAACCCCAAGUCCCUGAGAGAAGAGGGCAUUCCCAUCAAGAGAAGGCGGAGAGCCAAGCUGUCUGGCUCUGCUGAAAACCAAGAAAGUGAGCCUGGGACAGUAAAGAGUACUCCUCAGAAGGUGGCAGAAGCUGACCCCAAGAGAGGAGUUGGGUGUCCUCCUGGAAGGAAGAAGAGCGUGGCCUCCACUCCACGGAGCAGGAAGGGAGAUGCAGCAUCCCGGUUUUUGGUCUUCUGUCAGAAGCACAGGGAUGAGGUUGUUGCUGAGCACCCAGACGCCUCAGGUGAGGAGAUUGAAGAGCUGCUUGGAUCCCAGUGGGACAUGCUCAACGAGAAACAGAAAGCACGCUAUAACACAAAGUUUGCCCUAGUGGCCUCUUCCCAGUCUGAAGAAGACUCUGGUAACAUCAAUGGGAAAAAAAGAAACCACACAAAGAGGACACAGGAGCCUACUGAAGACGCUGACAGCGAAGAUGCACCCAGGAAGAGACUCAGGACCGACAAGCAUGGUCUUCGGAAGAGAGAGACGAUCAAUGACAAGACAGCCCGAACAAGCUCCUGCAAGGCCAUCGAGGCAGCCUCCUCACUCAAGAGCCAGGCAGCAACGAAACAUCUGUCAGAUGCAUGCAAACCACUGAAGAAGCGGAAUCGGGCAUCCACAGCAGCGUCUUCUACUCCUUUUAGCAAAAGUUCAUCUCCUUCUGCAUCCUUAACUGAGAAUGAGGUGUCAGAUGGCCCAGGAGACGAGCCCUUGGAGUCCCCGUAUGAGAGUGCAGAUGAAACUCAGACCGAAGUGUCCAUCUCGUCUAAGAAGUCUGAGCGAGGAGUAACUGCCAAAAAGGAGUACGUGUGUCAGCUGUGUGAGAAGACGGGCAGUCUUGUGCUCUGUGAGGGCCCCUGCUGUGGAGCUUUUCACCUUGCUUGCCUUGGCCUUUCCCGGAGGCCAGAAGGGAGGUUCACUUGCAGCGAAUGUGCUUCAGGGAUUCACUCAUGUUUUGUGUGUAAGGAGAGCAAGACAGAUGUGAAGCGCUGUGUCGUAUCGCAGUGUGGGAAGUUUUACCAUGAAGCUUGCGUGAGGAAGUACCCUCUGGCUGUGUUUGAGAGCCGGGGCUUCCGCUGCCCCCUCCACAGCUGCGUGAGCUGCCAUGCUUCCAAUCCUUCCAACCCAAGACCAUCGAAAGGUAAAAUGAUGCGAUGUGUCCGCUGCCCUGUCGCCUAUCAUGGAGGGGAUGCUUGUCUGGCAGCUGGCUGCUCGGUGAUAGCUUCCAACAGCAUCAUCUGCACGGGCCAUUUCACUGCUCGCAAGGGGAAGAGACAUCAUGCUCAUGUCAAUGUGAGCUGGUGUUUUGUGUGCUCCAAAGGGGGAAGCCUCCUAUGCUGCGAGUCCUGCCCGGCUGCCUUCCACCCCGACUGCCUGAACAUCGACAUGCCUGAUGGCAGCUGGUUCUGCAAUGACUGCCGGGCAGGGAAGAGGCUGCACUUCCAGGACAUCAUCUGGGUGAAGCUCGGCAACUACAGAUGGUGGCCGGCAGAAGUUUGCCAUCCCAAAAAUGUCCCCCCAAAUAUUCAGAACCUGAAGCACGAGAUUGGAGAGUUCCCUGUGUUUUUCUUUGGGUCUAAAGAUUAUUACUGGACGCAUCAGGCGCGAGUGUUCCCGUACAUGGAGGGGGACCGGGGCAGCCGCUACCAGGGGGUCAGAGGGAUCGGAAGAGUCUUCAAAAACGCACUGCAGGAAGCUGAAGCUCGAUUUCGUGAAAUCAAACUUCAAAGGGAAGCCAGAGAAACGCAGGAGAAUGAGCGCAAGCCCCCGCCGUACAAGCAUAUCAAGGUGAAUAAGCCUUAUGGGAAAGUCCAGAUCUAUACAGCUGAUAUUUCUGAAAUCCCAAAGUGCAACUGUAAGCCCACAGAUGAGAAUCCAUGUGGCUUUGAUUCGGAGUGUUUGAACAGGAUGCUGAUGUUUGAGUGCCACCCGCAGGUGUGUCCUGCAGGCGAGUACUGCCAGAACCAAUGUUUCACCAAGCGCCAAUACCCCGAGACCAAGAUCAUCAAGACAGAUGGCAAAGGUUGGGGCCUGGUGGCCAAGCGGGACAUCAGAAAGGGAGAAUUUGUGAACGAGUAUGUUGGAGAGCUGAUUGACGAGGAAGAGUGCAUGGCGAGAAUCAAAUAUGCCCAUGAGAACGACAUCACUCACUUCUAUAUGCUCACCAUAGACAAGGACCGGAUCAUCGAUGCGGGCCCCAAAGGAAACUAUUCCCGCUUUAUGAACCAUAGCUGCCAGCCCAACUGUGAGACCCUUAAAUGGACAGUGAACGGUGACACUCGUGUGGGCCUGUUUGCUGUGUGUGACAUUCCUGCAGGGACGGAGCUGACCUUUAACUACAACCUGGACUGUCUGGGGAACGAGAAGACGGUCUGUCGGUGUGGUGCCUCCAACUGCAGCGGGUUCCUUGGGGACCGACCAAAGACCUCAGCAUCCCUGUCUUCAGAUGAAAAGGGCAAGAAGACCAAGAAGAGAACCCGCAGGCGGAGAACCAGGGGUGAAGGAAAGAAGGAGUCUGAGGAUGAGUGUUUCCGCUGUGGGGACGGCGGCCAGCUGGUGCUGUGUGACCGCAAGUCCUGCACCAAGGCCUACCACCUGUCGUGCCUGGGCCUGGGCAAGCGGCCCUUCGGGAAGUGGGAAUGUCCUUGGCAUCACUGUGACGUGUGUGGCAAGCCUUCCACUUCAUUUUGCCACUUUUGCCCUAAUUCAUUUUGCAAGGAACACCAGGAUGGGACAGCCUUCAGCUCCACCCAGGAUGGGCGGUCGUACUGCUACGAGCAUGACUUGGGGGCAGAGUCGGCUCGAAGCACCAAGACUGAGAAACCCUUCCCGGAACCCAUGAAGUCCAAGGGGAAGAGGAAGAAAAGGAGGUGCUGGAGGAGAGUCACGGAAGGCAAAUAGCGCCAGGCAGCGGCUUGGCCAGAUCCAGGGGUAAAGGGCCACAGAGGGGACUGGCCCGAGGACCCAGCUCGAAGCCGCUAUGCCAGCCGCCUAGGCCUCCUGGGGGGGAGCGCCGUCCACCACUGAGCCAUCCUCAGCAGCGCCCGCUGCGUCUGCACUGACGACCCAUCUGAGCCACAAGGUUCAGAAGGUUCCUGGACAAACAAGCCUUACUCCACAGCAUUACAGCUACACUUGAAUUUCUGAGAAUGUCAAGGUCCCCUCCCACUCUAUUUUUGUAGGUUAAAGUUAUAAUUGAAAAUUAAUUGGCAUAUGAAAUGUUUUUAUCUCACCCGAAAUGUAGAGUAGUAUUUUUCUAAAGGAUCACUAUUAUCUCUUUAAUCUUCACAAUGUUACUCGGCCUGCUUACCUGUCUUCAUCACUCAGGAGAGACCAGGAUGGGGCCUGGCCUGGGCAAGGGCUCAGACCCUGGAUUCCCUGGAAACCAUGAUUUUGAUCAUUAUUUUGCUCAUAUGAAACAGCUGUAUGAUUUUUUUUUUUUUUUUGUACUAAUGUGAAAUUUUUCCUCAAAAUGCUUCUUUUCCAUCCUGGUGAGAAGCCGGCCCCAGGAGCGGUGAUAGUGAUAGUGUUGUUGUAAGAUUCCCCCGUAGUUUGUUCUGUCAUGGAUCUGGACUGAGCGGCGCCAUCGCGUCACGUCCCACGUGUGGGGUCGCGAGCAUAGUCUCUCCCGACCAGGCCGGGUCUGGCACAUCUCACCUGGGCCUGUCUCCUGAACGCACUAGGUCCUUACCAACAUUUGGGGAAGACUUUGUAUAUUUUUUUCAUUUGGCUUUUACCAGUUUCUGGCUUUUAUUCUCAAUAUAUUUUUGCUAAACUUGUUUCACAAAUUACCACCGACUGAAAUGUGUAUUUACUGAUGCGGCCCCAAGUUGUCCCUGAGAAAGGAGUGGUGCUCGGUGGGGGUGAGGCCCUUUGGGGGCUGUGUUCUGCCCUGGGGCACAGCUUGUGCUGGGUACUCCCCACCCUGGGGCCCAGGGCAUUUCUGAGAAAUGUUCUUUAGGGGUCUGAGGAGAGGCCCAGAGUUUAGAACUCUUCCAUCCAGUUACUGACGUUCUGUCACGCUUGUGGGUCCGUUCAUGGAGAACAUGUUCGGCUGGGACACCACGGAGAAGCGCGUGCCGGGGCUCCAGGCCUGCCCAGCACCACCUGCACGCACACCAGUGGGUGGCGCCCGUCCUGGAGUUUCCCUGAGAUGCCCACUAACUCUUAUUUAUUCCCACAAAGUGAGAAGCUUCUGGGAAUAUGAAGUUGUCUUCUCUUCUUGAAGUUCCUCUUGACCUUGACCAUGGGGCGACCGGAGCGCGGCAAGGGCGGGGGUCCUGCCAGGCACCUGUGUGCAUUCUGUGGGGCCUGCAGUCUCCAUGCUCACAAUGGGAGGGAAGGGAAUCCUCAGCAGCAGAUGCUUUUUUCUGGCCCUUUCUUAAGGAGGACAUGUAUCCCACAGAGAUGUAUACCCAGCCCCUCUUGAAAACUGCUCCUGAGGUCUCCUGUUCAUUCUUCCGUCGUCUCUGCCUUGCACAGUUGCAGGAUGUCCUUGGACCCAGACCCCUGUUCACUACUGCUCCGUGGUUCUGUGAUACGAGCUCUUGGGGGCAGUGGUCUCUGCCAGGCUGACCACAGGGAAGGUCUGCUUCGGGUGCAAGGCCCCUGACACCUGCAGGUACGCACCUCCCCCUGCACUUACUGGGUGCAGAGUGUUCCCAACUGUGGCUGUCCCUCUGGCCCCUUUCCUGCCACCGUCCUGGAGAUGGGAGCCACCCCUGGCGACCCAGGAGAUCCGGGAGCAUGGUCAUCAGUUGACUCCUGCAAUGGCUCAGGUGACCUCUGGAAAUGUACUUGCUUGGUAAGACACAGGGACUGAGGGGAUUUCAGUUUAGAACUCUAAUUGCUCUCACAUCGUCCUAAGAAAAUACUGGAUUGAUUCAUAGAUUUGUGCUCCUUCUUCCCUGAACAACUCCGGUUGUUCAGUGGUGACCCAGCAGCACCCCCACACCCUUGCUGCCACACGCGGGGCUCGCCUGUCCGCUACCACCAGCGAAGGGACAUCUGGACCAGUCAGACCAGCAGCCUGGGCUUGCAGUGCACUUUGGGGAGCAGAUUAACUUAUUUUUUGUAUUUGACGUAGUAAAAUCUUGGGAUUUUUUUUUUGAGUCACUUUGAUAUUUUCAAAUUCUACGAUCUUUCUGAAGGAAAUACUGGAAACAUUUUAAAUAUGGUUAUCCUCUUUCCAGAAACUGUUGAACCUAAUGAGCAAGUAACACUAACUUUGCAAAUCUCUAGAAAACUGGUUUAUGGAUCUGAGUACGAGGCUGCAGCAUGGCAGCUGAGCCCUGAGGGCUCUGCCCAGAGUCUGAGGGGGAGCUUGGAGAGCUCUUUUGCGGGGAUUCAGUCUUUCUGAAUGGCAGCUUCAGUCCUUUGUCAUGAAAUGCAAAGCAGAAACAAAACAAAAAUUGCCCCAACUUCUUCGGAUUACUCAGCAUCACCAUUCCCCAUCACCCAUGAGGUGGCACCAGCACGGGUAUCUGCAGUCAGGACAUGCAACCACUGUGGGGGACCGAGUAUGGCACCUGCAGCGCAUGGGGAGUCUCCAUCUGGCCUGUUCCAUCAGGAACCACGUCGCGUGGACACCACACCUCCCCCCACCUCUUGCCCCCCCCCCCACUCAGGUCCAUGCUCCUGCCACCUCUGAAGUUCUGAUCUUGACGUACAAACACACAGGGUGUGUACUGCCCACCUUCCAGAACUACCGUAUUUCCAGGAAUUAAAGAUAAGCCUGUUUUGAUGGAAAUUAAUGCAAAUGACUGUUGCCAAAUUCUCAAUCCUCCAAGCAGCACAGUAUUGGGCAUUAGUCACUAGAGUGAAUGGCUGUCCCGGGCGUCCCGGUGUCCGCUGUACCCUGUUGAGAUGUGAAAUGCCCCGUCAGAAAUUAAAUACGAACUGAACUGUUGGGUGUCGGAGCUUCACACAAUAGGCGGUCAGGCUCCUGUUAGGAACGCUCGGUGCUCUCACUGGUCUGGACAGACUUAAAAACUUGAAAUUCCUUCUGGGGGUCACAGACUGAGCUGCAGACGUGACAACUGCCCGUCAGGGGGAAAUAACAUUUAAAGUGGGACGUUGUGUUUGGAAAACUGUAUAUGAGUAUUUUUGUAUUAAAAAAAUUUUAAAGGC